AUGCCAUAGUUCUCUGUAUAACACAACACAUUACAUCUCAGAGCAACUGUUUUCCCUCAUAUAGCCACUUUCUCAAACCAACAUUGAAAUGAUGAGGAUGCAGUUCAAUGCUGUACACACCGUGCUAUCUACUGGUCCUAGUCUGUUCCAGUCUGGAAUGAAAAUAGCGCAUUCCUAGGCCUGUUGCCAGUAGCAACACAGCCCCCAACAGCAGUAGGGAUAUGGAGGCGGGGUCAAGGAUGGCCACACCCCUCAACUCUGCCAACAUUAGACCUGACUGGACACAGAGAAAGUUGUAGGGCAGAAGACCUGUGUGUGUGUGUGUGUGUGAGAGAGCUCAUUCCCAGCAGCAGAUACCUCACACAUCCCCCAACAUACUGAACAUACCAAACAAUAUUCAGACAGGUAAUGCUGACACAGUAUCAGUGGGGCACAAACAACAUUCCGAACUAAGAACACGAACAAUAUUCACAGCUCGACUGAAGUCACGCACCAAAGAGGACGGAGAUGAAGAAGAGAUGAAGGGGCACCCCGGAAGUGGGGAUGAGAGGUGGUGAGCGAGCCAGUUUGGGGACAUGGGGAACAGUCUCAGAGAUAGGAGGACCAGCAAACAGCUCAGUCCCUUACUGGAGUGGAGCUGGUCACGACAGAGAGAAGGGUGCCAGUGUGUGUGGGAAGAUUCAUGAUCCACAUAUCUAGUCUCAGUUUAUGUGGAAGAGUCUCGUAUAUCUAUACAAACCCGUCUGGAGUGGAGCGAGACUGCCCCAGUCCUGGGUGACACGAGCCGACAGCCCACAAGACCAGGGAGAGGAGGUAGCAGAGAGAUGCUCCACAGGCAGACAGGAGGCACACCAGAGGCAGGGCCACCCACACCCCAAACACUGCUCCCCCUAGAAUGUUCUGGAACAACAGGACCAUGACACACAGUCACUACCUCCUCCCCAUGUGUUCCACAAUAGUCUCAACUAAACCCUCACUUUCCCACUCUUCUUGACCAUUUCUGAAUCACUCGGUAACUUUUCAAAAAGUAAAUGCUCAUCGACCACCACUGUCUCAAUUUCUAUCCCUCCCUGCCCCUCACGUAUGCAUGAACAGCUAGCUUCUAGGUGCCGCCAACAAGCAGGCACUAACUAGGAAGACGGAGCCAGGGAUGGCAAAGGUCUGUUUGUAGAGGUAGGCGGCACAGAAGACGCAGAGAACUCUGCCAUAGUGCUCCUCCCUCAGCCUUUCCAGCUGGGAGACCAGGGAUCGGAGCUGGUCCAUGUCAGAGGGAAAUGACAGGGAAGGCCCAUUUCUCAGCAGAGAGGCGGCCAGGGCAUACAGAGACACAGUGGCAGCUGCAAAAGUCGCCAACACACCCACCAGUUCUCUAGACAUCCUCUUAGGCGGCGUACAUACCCCUAGUGCGCCUGCGCGAAAAAAUAAGCGCUCACUCGUGGAAUAUGGCAGCGAGCAAGGCGGGAGAGAAAGACGUGACGUUCGUCACAGGCAACCCCAAGAAGUGGAAGAGGUGAGAGCCAUCCUGGGCGAGAGUCUUGGUUGGACUCUGACCUCCAGAGAUGUGGAUCUCCCUGAGCUACAGGGAGAGCCGGAGGACAUCGCCAGAGACAAGUGUCUUCUUGCCUCUGAGAGAGUGGAAGGUGCAGUGAUGACAGAGGACACUGUCUCUGUUACAAUGCUCGGAGGUUGCUGGACCGACAUCAAUGGUUGCUGAAAAAGACUGGUCACGAAGGGCUCAACAUCUGCUGGUGCCUAUUCUGACAAGACGGCAUUUGCUCAGUGCACCUUUGCCUUCUGUGAGGGUAAAGGUCAACCUGUCAAACUGUUCAAGGGAGUAACAAAUGAAGUUAAUUUAGCAUUGAAGAAUGCAAUGAUCCAUUCCCAGUCUAACCUAAUAAUGCUCCAUGGAUACUGCUCUUUAUCCAUUUGCUUGUCAAGUAGGCAUGGUACAAUAGUGCCGGCCCAAGGACCCCCGGAUUUUGGCUGGGACCCAAUAUUCCAGCCAGAGGGGUUCCAGUUGACGUAUGCAGAGAUGGAGUCAGGGGUCAAGAACACCAUCUCCCAUCGCUACAAGGCCUUGUGUGCCCUCAGAGACUAUCUCACUAGCAGGGGAGAAGAGGGGGAGGGAGGAGUGGGGGAGGAGGGAGACACUCAUGCAAAGAGAGCCAAACUUGAUUGAUUUAUUGGCGAGUGGGAGCGAGCCAACCUAGUCGUUGCAAUGGCCGAAUCCUCUAUAUCUAGCGAGCGUCCCUCUCAAAAAGGAGAGGGGGAUGACUCUAAUUAUACGCGAGACUAGCCCUCUCUGUUUCCGUGAGAGGUGUGGCUACGCGAAACUAGAGCGAGCGGUGUCAUGCAGUUGGGGCGCUAGCUGUCACUACCGUAAUGCUUUAUUACCCCACUGUGUGUUAGUACCAAAC